AAUUGGUAUAACUACCUAGUGGUUAUUGCUACUCUAGGUCCAGCACGCCCACGGACGCGGAGCUAAGGCCACAAUGGAUCGCACUGGCCAUGGCAACCUUCAAAUUCUGAACGAUGAGAGCUUUGACCAUAUUUCACGAAGCACUGUCUCUCGCAGCCGUCUUACUGUAUCCUGACCGGCUUGCCGUCCAUUUGAUGCCAUCCAUGAUCUUCGAUUUCAACCAUGGAAAUCUGUUGAACGCUGCGUGGUUACCACCACAUAAUGCUGAGGGACAGCAUAGCCUACGCUCGUGGAGACGGACCAGUUGCGCAGCAAUGGUCAACAAUAUUAACAACUAUAUUGCUGGAGCAAGCCAGAACCAUUAUUUGCUUUGUCGAACUCUGUUCGCCUUGACAAUGAUCCCACGGUUAGCAUCGUGCGCGACCUAUCGAGUCCCUGUCGAGGGCCUCAGCUGAUGAGGGUCGAGCAUCGUGGGGCACCUUGUGGUCUUGGAGCACUUCUGAAAUCGGAUUCGUGGAGGAGAAAACAGUCCGGCAUUUGUACUUCAGCAGAUAUCCCUGCUAUGAUCAC